UGCAGACGUGGUUUGCAAUAUCGUCGUUCAACUGACAAACAAGAGCUUUCUGAUGCUUUUGUGACAGAAAAUUGAAGUUUAAUUUGAAAUUUGACAGAAUCCAGUCCAAGAAGAUCUUGUAAACAACACUCGACUUGAAUAAAAUAACAGACAAGUUCUGAAGUGAUGCCUAAGGCAGCCAAGAAGUCCAGUAAAAAUGUACAAAGCCAGAAAAUUACAAACUUCAUCCGUCCAGGUCCAGUGGUCAAAGAGAAUCCAUCAAGCCAGGCAGAUUGUAAUGUUGGAUCUAGCUGUAAUCCAGUGCAGAAUACAUUGCAGACAGUUUUCAAGCAUGAACACUUCAAGAGUAAAUUGCAACAACAGGCUGUAGAAACAAUCACAGAAGGUAAAAAAGAUGUGUUCGUUUCCAUGCCAACAGGAUCUGGUAAAUCUUUGUGCUAUCAGCUUCCAUCAUUAGUGCGAGCAGGAAUCACAUUAGUUGUUUCACCACUUCUUGCUUUAAUUCAAGAUCAGCUUGAGCAUCUGGACAAGAUGAAGAUUCCUUCUGAGACGUUGAAUUCACAGAUACAGGGUGAGAAGAGACUAGCGAUCCUAGCAGACAUCUCAAGCAAGAAGCCAAGACUCAAGCUACUUUACAUUACUCCUGAGCUCGCAGCUACAACUAACUUCCAGUCUAUAUGUCGUUCCUUAGCAUCUCGCAAACUCCUUUCAUUGAUAGUGGUUGAUGAAGCACAUUGUGUCUCACAAUGGGGGCAUGACUUUCGACCAGAUUACCUCAAACUUGGUAACUUACGUUCUAAAUUCCCUGAUGUACCUUGUGUAGCUUUAACAGCAACAGCUACACAACACGUUCAAAAGGAUAUUCUUGAUUCCUUAAAGCUACAUCAACCUGUUGCCAUCUUCAAAGCAAGUUGUUUCAGACAGAACUUAUUCUAUGAUGUUAUCUUCAAAGAUCUGUUAGAGGAACCAAUUCAAGAUUUGAAGGACUUUGCUACGAAGGUUCUAGAAAAUGAUAACGCGGAAGGGGGUAGUGAUGGUUGUGGCAUCAUCUACUGUCGUACAAGAGAUGCAUGUUCUGCAGUUGCUAAUCGUCUUUCUCGUCUUGGUCUAUGUUCUGAAGCAUAUCAUGCUGGAUUGAAACCAGCUCACCGCUUACGGGUUCAAAAUGAUUGGGUUGAAGGCAGGGUACCAGUGAUAGUUGCUACUGUUAGUUUUGGAAUGGGUGUGGAUAAAGCAACUGUUAGGUUUGUUGCCCAUUUCAACAUUCCUAAAUCCAUGGCCGGAUUUUAUCAAGAAUCAGGAAGAGCUGGUCGAGACGGUCGUCGUGCGUAUUGCCGUCUCUAUUACUCUAGAGAUGAGCGUAACAAAGUUGCCUACCUCAUUACGCAAGAGAUGUUGAAAUCAAAGGCAAGACUAAAGUCACCGGAGAAGAAAGCUUGUCAAUCUAAGUUCGGCAAGGCCAGCAUUCAGAGUUUUGAGUGUCUUGUUAAGUUCUGUGAAAGUGAAGAAUGUCGCCAUCUUGGAAUCACCCAAUUCUUUGGAGAUAGCCCACCAGACUGUAACAGUUCUUGUGAUGUUUGUACAACGCCGAGUGAAGUUAGUAAACAACUGGAGUAUCUAAAGCGAGGUGUGAUGUCCAACUCUAAGAAGAAGGUGGAUCAAUCAGGUCGGACUUGCAUCAAGAAAGAUACUAAGGGUAAAGCAGACAAGGAGUUGUAUGGUGGAGGACGCUACGGGGCUGAUAGUUUUUAUGAGAGUAAGUGUAGUGGUUCUAAAGCUGCUUGGGAUGGUAGUGAUAAUGAAGACGCUGAUAGUGAUGAUGAUAGAGCAGCAGCAAGAGAACGAACCAGUAUGAUCAAAGCAGAAUUUGAAAAGAGAAAAAAGCACCAACUCAAGACAAGUGAAUUUAUUCAACCAGAUGCUGACUGUCCAUUGAGGGAUGCAUCUAGCAGCAAGAUUCCUGCUCUCACUGUCAAGUCCAGAGAACAUUGUUUGAUGCUGAUCGAGAAAGCACUAAAGGAUAACUUUAGAGAUUACUGGAAGGAAAAUGAAGGCAAAUUAGCAGCAAGUGAAUGGGAGCCACAUUGUAAAGCUAUAGAUGUUGAACAUGAGAUGUUCAAAGUAUCUAGACAGAGUAACAUGUAUAAAGCCAAGAUUCUUGGUCAGGUGAGCAGUAUUAAGAAAUCUACCAAAGAGUGCAUGCUUCAUGAAGUAUUCUUACAAGAGCAACAACACAAGGAAUCAAUAGAUGACACUUCCAGCAACCAGGGGUCAACAUCAUUAGGUGCUGUUGUCGGCUUCCAGACAGUUUCAUCUCUACUUGCCAGUUCAUCUGACUUAUCAAUAAAUCAACGUAUCAACGACUUCUGUAAAGGGAGUAAAACACAACCUUUUACUGCUGUAUCGUCUUGUAUAGAUACGCAGUCAUCAACUCUAUCUCAGAGUGCCUCCGAUGAUAAAAAGUUUAUUGGCUUCCAAACAGUUUCAUCUCUUCUUGCCAGCCAAUCAGGUGCUUCCAUUACUCGACCAGUAUUCUGUGAUGACACAGAGUCAGUUUCCAGUAAACACUCAGCUUUGCGUACUGGCUCAAUACAACCAGACAACAUUACACUAUCUGGAUUCCAAAAAGUUUCUGCACUCCUCUCUCAAGGCUUAUGGAAUUCAAGAGCCAAGGUGAAAGGUCAAACUACUCUAUACAUGCCAAAGUUGGAGACUGAAUCAAAUGAGUCAACAACAAGUGAAAUACAGUUAGAAGAAACUACCAUGGUUAAGGAUGAGGCACUUCCUUCUGAUCCAUUGAAUGACAGCCAUGCUACAGAUCACAUUGAAACUGAUAGUCAACUGCUGAUUGAUGACCAAGAUACUACUAGUCCCUCCAAUGGCAUUAACACAGCAUCACCUGAUGGAUUCACUUCAUCUAUUACCAUGGACGAAGAUGACAGUAAACAGCAGUUGACAUCUUCCAGGAAAAGAUCAUGUGACUUCAACACCAUGCAGGUUGCCAACCCUGAGAAAAGACCCAAAGUAUUAGAUGAAGACUGCCCAACCCCUACUGAGGAUAACAACACAAACAAUGACAAAAAGUUGAAGAAAUCAGUCACCUUUGACCCCAGUAUUGUAGACAAGGAGAUGUCAGAAGAAGCAAUGGAGAAACACAGAAAGUUAAUUGGAACAGAUCUCCGGAGAACAGCAGCAGAUGCUGUGGUUAAAUACUUGACGCCUCAUUACAAAAAUAAUAAGUUUGCUUCCAAGGACCUUUUUAAGAUGCUUGCAAAACGUCUUGCUCAUCAAAUCACAGUAGCUGAGGGGAUCAGCAAGCGAUCAUUGAAAGACAAGGCCAAGAGACUUGUCCGAUAUUACUUCAGGGAACAUGCCAUGUGUAACUCUGAAAGUGAACUACCUCCAAUGCCAAGCAAAUGAUGAUUCAGCAUGUCAUUCUUGUUUCUUUAUUCAAAGAGAAGCAUUGACUAAGACUGGAUUAAACCAUGUUCAGCAACUGAAGCUGUCAAAAUGCUUUCUUAUCAACAUAAGCAUGUUACAUAAGUAUUACUCUAUGAAAAAGAUAUAAUAGACUAAUUGAUUUGAUACUUUUAUUUAUGUUUAUAUAAACUAAUUUCACGAUGAGUCAUUAUUAGAAACUGCAAACAUAAAUCAGGGUCAGGAAUCAAACAAUCUCAACUAACUUCAGUCCUCGUUUGUUAAAGGCAGUGGACACUAUUGGUAAUUACUCAAAAUAAUUAUCAUCACAAAACCUUUCUUUAUUACCAGU